UAAUCAGCUUUGCGUUCCCGGUCUAGGGUUCGAGUCUCAGGACCCUGUAUUUAGCGAAUGAAGAAAAACAUUUUUUGUCCACAUACAAGAGUUCGAGUUUCCCUCUUCUCACAUUAUCGUUUUUUAAUUCAAAUACAAAGCAAUUUCCGCUGAUGCUCGGCAAUAUUCUUCUCCUCUGUGUCGCUUCCCUCCCUCCCUCCACGGCUCUCCGUCAUUGGCGCUUCCCUGUCAAGCUGCUUCCUGUUGGCAAAUUUCUAAUCCUUCCCUCUCUUCAUUGCCUUUUUGCACCCUCAUCUAUGCUAGUCUAUGGUUUUUGGCUCUUUAGUCUGACCUAGUUUCCCAUUCAAGCAAAUUUUAUGGAAAAUGGAAGAAGAAGAAUUAUUAGGAGGCAAUGGUGCUGGAAUUAACGUCUCACUGUUUGAUUAUUCGGUAGAGAAUCACUUCAAGGCAAUGGACACGAUUUCUAAGCUAUGUGGUGAGGCAGAGACUGAUUCUCUACAAGAAGAUGAAAUUCAGCGCUUGUCCUCUUCAAUCACUUUCCUAAGAGAAUGGAGCCAUUUUAAUUACCAACCAAGAGUUGUUAGGUUUGCUUGUGAAAUGAAAAAUUCACAGGAAAAAUGUUUUCUUGGUGACACAAAUUUACCCCAGUUUUCAUCAGCAACCGUUCCAAAGAAUGAGGGACUACAUGGGGACACUGCAUCUCCAGAAUCCAGCAAAGACUUUGUGAUGUAUGUUGGAGGUUCUGUUUGGGCAUUGGAUUGGUGUCCUAGGUUUCAUGAAAGGUCUGCCUGUCGUAUCAAAUGUGAGUUUGUUGCUGUUGCUGCCCAUCCUCCUGACUCUUGUUAUCACAAGAUAGGCACUUUGCUUAUGGGCAGAGGUCUUGUUCAGAUAUGGUGCAUUCUAAACGUCAGUGAGGAUGAGGAGGAACCACCUCCGCUAAAAAAGCCAAAACGGGGAAUGCACAGUAGUGAUUCCAUGGGUGAUAAAUCUGGUCUAAUAAAGAGGCCAAAAGGAAGACCUAGGAAGAAGCAAAUAGAAGAAUCCCUCAGUGGCAAAGACACAGCAGAGAACUCUUUUCAAUUCAAGAGGCCAAGAGGUAGACCUAGAAAGCAGCAAAUAGAAAAAUCUCCCAGUGAUGAAGCCAGAGAGGAGAAUUCAACUCAAUUUAAAAGGCCAAGAGGACGACCUAGAAAGAAGGAAAUAAACGAAUCCCUUGAUAGUUUAGAUUGCAACAACCAAUAUGUUCAAGCCCUCGCUAUUCAAUAUCCAGAAGAUUCAUCUCAAUUACUUGCUAUAGAAGGGGUUUCUGGGUGUACCCAAGAACAAAACAUACAGAAAAACAAGGGCAAAAAACAAAAGACUUCCACUAAGUCACUGUCUGCAUGUAAUUCAGCUCCUGAAACUACUGGGCAGAGUAGAAGAUGGAAAACCAAGGCAAGUGCAGCUUGCAAAUGUGCUGAUGUUAUGUGCCCACCAUUAUUGACUCAAAAUGAUGAUGAUCAAUCUUCCACUACAAUACAUGAAAACAGCACACAGGAUCCUGCAGUGCUUAAUAGUAGUUUAGAUAAUGUUUCUUGGGACAAAACCUCUGAUUCUUGUUCUAUUCCCAAGGAUAUUGCUUUGCCAAGAGUUGUAUUAUGCCUAGCUCAUAAUGGAAAAGUGGCGUGGGAUGUGAAAUGGCAGCCUUGCCAUGCAUCUGAUUCCAAAUGCCAGCAUCGCAUGGGUUAUCUUGCUGUCUUGCUGGGAAAUGGAUCACUAGAAGUAUGGGAUGUUCCUCUUCCUCAUAUAAUGAAAGUUAUUUAUUCUUCUUCUCAUAGAGAAGGUACUGAUCCUCGCUUCAUAAAAUUGGAGCCAGUAUUCAGAUGUUCAAUUGCCAAGCGUGGGGAAAUACAGAGCAUUCCUUUGACAGUGGAAUGGUCAACUUCAUGUCCCCAUGAUUACUUACUUGCUGGAUGCCAUGACGGAACUGUUGCUUUAUGGAAGUUCUCUGCAAGUGGUUCAUCUGGAGAUACAAGGCCUUUGCUACGUUUCAGUGCAGAUACAGUUGCAAUUAGAGCAGUUGCUUGGGCCCCAGUUGAGAGUACCCAAGAGAGUGCAAAUGUCAUAGUUACUGCAGGGCAUGGAGGGCUGAAGUUUUGGGACAUACGUGAUCCAUUCCGACCUUUGUGGGACCUCCACCCAACACCGAAAUUCAUUUAUAGUCUGGAUUGGCUGCCAGAUCCAAGAUGUAUUAUCUUAUCCUUCGAUGAUGGAACAAUGAGACUCCUCAGCUUGACAAAGGCUGCAUACGAUGGCCAUGUUAAUGAAAAACCUACAAUUGGGCCUAAACAACAAGGAAUGCAUAUUCUUAAUUCUUCAUCCUUUGCUAUCUGGAGCGUUCAAGUGUCAAGAAAAACAGGCAUGGUUGCGUAUUGCGGUGCAGAUGGUAUUGUUAGCCGCUUCCAGCUUACAUCAAAAGCAGUAGAGAAAGAGCCAUCAAGACAUCGAGCUCCACAUUUUAUGGUUGGGUCCCUGAGUAAGAAUGAAUCAGCUAUUACAGUAAAUAUUCCAUUACUGGGUGCUCCUUUAACUUUGAAGAAGCCAUUUAGUGUUGGAGACAACCCAAAAUCUAUGUGGAGUUUAUUGGAGUUUAAUCAGACAAAAAGAGCUAAUGAUAAGAAAGAAAAAACAGCUGCAGAAAAUCAACGAUUAGCCCUGUGUCAUGGCAAUGAUCUGGGUAUGCAAUCUGGUUUUGAUGAAACAUUUGCUGCUUUCAAAAGCCGAACUAAACCAAAAUCCAAAAAUACCAGUAAGAAAAUGGCUGUAGAGGAUCUAGCAUUAGUAUGCACAAAUGAACGAGAAGACAGAAGGGAGAAAGACCGUGAGAAGACAGAAGCUGCGAAUGAAAUAGAUGUUAUGCCUCCCAAAAUAGUUGCAAUGAAUAGAGUUAGAUGGAAUAUGAACAAAGGUUGCGAGAGAUGGUUGUGCUCAGGAGGAGCUGCAGGAAUUGUACGGUGUCAAGAAAUAAUAUUUUCUGAUACAGAUAAAUAUUUGGCCAGUAAAAGAUAAGUUUUCGGUAAUUUUGUCCUAAUUUAUAGAUUAUGGUAAGUGUUUAUGGCGGUUUUAAAACUCCCUGUAUGACAAUGGAGGCAGCUCUUAAUGUAAAUCUCGUCCGAUUUCCUAUAAA